AUGAUCAACGCAGUCCUGGUCUUCAAUAACAAUGGCCAGCCCCGGCUGACCAAGUUUUACACACAGCUCGACACUCAAACCCAGCAAUCCCUCAUCGCGCAAAUAUACCGCCUAGUCGCACAGCGCCCAGCAAGCGCUUGCAACUUUCUACCGCUUCCUCCUCUCCUCUCCCAGGGCGCCAGCUCCUCCGCUACCGGUCCCUCCGAUACCCCCACCCAGAUCACUUACCGAACCUACGCAACGCUGUCGUUUAUUAUGAUUUCUACAUCUACGGAGUCGCCACUGGCUCUUAUCGAUUUGAUCCAGGUGUUUGUUGAGUCUCUAGACCGUAUGUUUGAGAAUGUCUGCGAAUUGGACCUUAUCUUUGGGUAUGAGACGCUACAUGCAGUGCUGGGUGAGAUGAUUGUUGGCGGUGUUGUUGUUGAGACUCAUAUUGAAAAGAUUAUUGCUGGUGUUCGGGCCCAGGAGGGUUCGUUAGGUAAGAAGAAGGCUGUCCAGGCCGCUAGUGCUGGUUUGGGACGGGGUGCUUUGCCUGGACUUGGGGCUUGGAGGUGA